UCUCGCCUUUUCACUUCACUUCUCUCUGUAUCCGUUCUAACCAGAUUAAUCCCAUGCAAGAUCCGACACAAAAGUUCCAACUCAAGAAGGAAAAAGAAAAUCCCCUCAAAAGAAAACUUGUUUUUUCUUGUCAAUUUUCUAGGACGAGAAAUUGAAAGCGAAAUUUUUCUCGGGGAAAAGAAAAACAAGAAGGAAAAGCAUGUGGGCAAACAACGGCAAGAACAAUUUUCCCUGCAAGGGAUUUUUGACCCCACCACCCUCGUGGAAAUCGAGGCCGUUCCGGUCACCGAGAAUGGCACCUUUCUCAGAGAGGAAAAGAUCGUCUCCUAAUUUUGCGAACAAAUCUGAUAUCUUUCAUGUCAUUCACAAAGUUCCCGCCGGGGACUCUCCCUAUGUUAAGGCUAAACAAGUUCAGUUGAUAGAAAAAGAUCCGAGUAGGGCUGUUUCUCUGUUUUGGGCGGCGAUAAAUGCCGGUGAUCGAGUGGACAGUGCACUGAAAGACAUGGCCGUAGUGAUGAAGCAGCUGGACCGCUCUGAUGAAGCGAUUGAGGCGAUCAAAUCCUUUCGCCAUCUCUGCCCUUAUGAUUCUCAGGAAUCUAUUGACAAUGUAUUGAUUGAAUUAUACAAGAGGUCUGGAAGAAUAGAAGAAGAGAUCGAUAUGCUUCAACGCAAACUGAAACAGAUCGAAGACGGCACGAUUUUUGGUGGCAAGAGGACGAAAGCUGCAAGAUCCCAGGGGAAGAAAGUGCAAAUUACUAUUGAGCAAGAGAAAGCAAGAGUUCUUGGCAACUUGGCCUGGGCUUUCUUGCAGCUGAACAAUGUCUACGUUGCUGAAGAUUAUUACCGGAAAGCUUUGUCUCUCGAGGCAGAUAACAACAAAAAAUGCAAUCUUGCGAUCUGUCAGAUCCUUACGAAUCGGCUCACAGAAGCUAAAUCUCUGCUUCAGUCUGUAAGAGCUUCUUCGGGAGGCAAGCCUAUGGAAGAGUCAUAUGCCAAAUCAUUUGAACGUGCGUCUCACAUGCUGACUGAAAAAGAAUCGAAGUCGUUCAAUCCAACAGGGAACGAAGAAGAUAACGGCACUGGAACCACGAUAACCUCGAAGAACACGACUGGUAGAGCUGGGCAUUGUGUUCCUCAGUUCGCUGCAUCCACAAGGUGGACUCAUGAUGAUGAACAGAUGUACAUAAACGAAAAUAGUCGGGGCAAUGAUCCUCACUGGGACUGUUGUGAUGACAAGUCAAUUGGAGCUGUGAAUUCUUCACAUAAUUAUUUGCAUAGUGAUAAAUGGAUUGAAGGUUGUUGCAUUGAUAAUCUAGGAAAAACUGUCUCCAGCAUUCCCACCAAAAUCAAGGGAAACCGUAACCGAGAUGGUUUAUUGAGAUUAGUAGAAGAGAGUUUCAAUUGCUGCUCAUUGUAUACUUCUCCGACUCCAACCAAAAGAAAUGUUGAAGUUCCAUUCACUCAACCGAAAAACUCCUUUUGGGAAUUCAAUAAUCGAUGGCGGUCAAAGGAAGGGAAGCAACAGCAAAAAAGAACCAGGAAAGUUUUGUUUGAGAAUCCUUCAAGGAAGGAUCAAACUUUUGACAGUGGCUUUGUUGUAGACUAUUCGUCUGAAUCUGAUGAACUCGAACCGGCUUCGAAUUACAAGUCAAAAUAUAGGUCUGCAGCUUCUAAUUCAAUUGAACUGGAGGUUCCAUUUACACAGCCAAGGAGUUGUUCAUGGGGUAUGAAUGGAGGAGGAAACUCGAGAAAGACUGCCGAAUAUUUUCGAAGUUUGCUCAGCAGUAGUUCUAGUAGAAAACUUUCAUUUGAGCUUCCCACAACAAGCACUGAAAAUACUCAAGCAAUGACUGAUUCAAACCUUGGAAGAUCUAAACUUUCCAGAGAAAUCAGUGAUGAACCUCAAGAUCUUGCUGGAGACUGUAAACGGACUUCUUAUGGAGAUAUCGAGUACGAAGAAGGCACAAUCCCAAACGACACGAUGAAGAUAAUGGAAGAACACAUUACUGAUCAUAAAUUCAAACAUAACUCACCAACAGUAGGUGGGAAGAAGAGUUGGGCAGAUAUGGUUGAAGAAGAGGAGGAAGACAGCGACGACAAGAACGAAGAUGAUACAGAAGAAACGUCGUCGUCAAGCGGCAGACGGCAAGUCAAUUGCUUUGACGACAAUUGGAGCAGCAGCAGUGACAAUGUAGAGUUUAAGUUCAAUGAUGAAAAUCUAACAGUGCAUCAAGAGGUAGAAUGUUAAGAAAAACUUUCCAUUUUGGGUUGUUUUGUUUCUGUUGUUCUUUAUUUUCUCUUUUUGGGUUGAUACAGUUCCUUUUUGUAUCUUCUUCAACAUCACAUAAUUGAUAAUACUUUACUGUAUAGAAGUUUGUAAAUGAUAUACUUGCUAAUACUAAUACAAUAUAUACUCAUUAUACCC